ACUGAGGGUCAGACACUGCUACCUUACUCUGAGAGUGGCUGUUUGUGAGAGGGAGAAAGGAAGAGUACUUCCUCCAUACCAGAGCACAGCUGCCGCUAUUCCAGUGUCUUCCGUGAACAAGCCAUGAAGGCCCCUCUGUGGAGCGUCCUGUUUCUCAGUCUGUGUGCCUCCAGUCGUAGCGACUGUCAGGCGGACUGUUUAACCUGCAGCCUACUACUGUCUCAGCACCAGGCUUUCAGCACGCUGGUGUGUCUGCUGGAAUGCCAAGCCCAGCCGCUACAGUCGCUCACGUGGGACUUGUGCUUCCGAGCUGUGGGUCUGAACCCACCAACAGAGGGUGCCCUGCAGAAGCGCAGCGCAGAGGAGGGGAUAGAGGAGCCGGCCCACGACGACGGCGGCGUGGACGACUCGGAGGUGCUGGAGCGAUUCCGCCAUGCCGCGCAAGCCCUCGCCGGCCAGCAGACUUCCGAUGAAGCACCGGGCUCCGAACGGUUGGGGCUCCGCUAUGGUUUGGAGCUGGACUCUGGGAUGGAAGAGGAGGAUGAGGAGGAGGAGGAGCAGGGCGGGGCUUAUCCAGACGCUGGGGCGGAGCUGGGCACCGACUCUGCCCUUGACCUGUCCAAACGCUUCGGCGGAUUUGUCAAGGGCCGGCACGGAUUCCGGAAGCUGGUCAGCUCCGGCAGGCACCUGCAGAAGCGCUACGGCGGCUUCAUCGGGAUCCGCAAGUCGGCCCGGAAGUGGAACAACCAGAAGCGUGUGAGCCAACUGCUACGGCAGUACCUGAGCCUGACGUCACGCUCGGGCCGAUACAACAAACCGGGUCCUGCCGCCCUCCGGCAAAAAAACUAACCAAGCGGCAGCAGAUGCCAGUCUCUCGCCGCUGACCUGUACCACACACCAACCCCCCCACCCCACCCCCGCCCACUCACACCCACCCAGACAAACUGAAAUAUAUUACGAGAUAUUGUGUUGAUGCUCACUGAGGAAUGUUUUCUCCCUGUUGGCUUGUUUUGACCAUUGACAUUUCAAUGAAGCAGUAAACUACUGAGACUGAACCGAUGAAGGUCAUUGUGCUCACUUAUUCAAUAGUCAGCAGGCUGUUUGUUUGAGUUCCAGCAGUUGGCCUUCUACACAUUUAAGUUUUAACCAUGGCAAAAAAAAUAUUAAAUAAAAGCAACGCACUGAAACUUCCUUUGAGCGUGUGCAUCAGUAUCGUGGGAAGGGACCUCUGGAUGUAAGAGGAAUUACAAAGCACCGGGAACGUUCAUCCGUUCUGUGAAUGUCAUGAGAGAAAAAGCACUUUAACUUUUAGCGUUCAUCCUUACAUGUCACUGGUCACGCUCGGUUUAAGUUAUUUGCAUGCAAGGACACACGUCAUUUAAGUAUCCUGAUAUGGCCAUCAGAUGGAUGGCAUCAUUUCUGUCAUUUUCUUUUACCUAUACCUGAAAUUUAAGAUGCUCUGGUGAACUCAUGUGAGAAGAACUUUCAGUAACAAGCUAAACUUAAGUGUCUCCUAAUCCUAACAUGCAGGGCACUGCCCAGUAUGUGAGUUAAACGAGGAGUACUACAUAUUAAAUAGGGAGCCAUUUUGAGUAGUGGUUCAGGUUGUGGAUUACACAUUAAAUCCCCAGAGCAAUGCUGCCCUCUAGGGCUCACUCAACGCAACUACCAGAGAGGUUAUCUGGAUCCAUUGCGAUCACUAUGAACAAGCUGAUCCCAGAUCAGCCCAGAGCGGCUAGCCUGCGAUGUUGCAUUAAUAGCAUCCUGGUCACAGUUCGUUUGAACGCCAGCUUCAUAUCCACAGAUGGAGUCCGUUAUGCAUGGCUUUCCCGCGCUACCUGCUGCUUGUACACAAACACGUGCAAAUGGAGUUACUUUAGCCUUUAAUUUUACACUAUUCGAGUAUUGCUUUUUAAAAGUCACUGGAUUACGCUUUUCCUGUUUACGUUAGUAGGUGGUCUACAAGAAAAUAAAGAAUGAACAUACAGUCUGGAAAGUCCAUUACAGUCUUGUUCAUUUAUAUGUCAUUUUGGCUUUGUGAAUAAUGUAUAUUUAAGACCACGUUACAUUUUGGCUUUGUGAAUGAUAACACAGGUCCAACGCUGCUUGCACUUCUUUUUCCAAAGUCAUCGUUUCUUUCAGGCCUUCAAACUUGUACAUUAAAUGCACACGAAUGCCAAUAAAAUAGUUUACUAUUUCUCAAAAAAAAAAAAAAAAAA